AAACUGUCCCUCCGAUCAAAACACGUGCCCAUCCAACGGAUACGCAUCGUUGAUCGCAACGGUUAGACACCUGAGACUGCCGUGGUCCAGUCCAGUGACGUGAAAGGAGAGUUCUGUCCCUCUCUCUCUCUCUCAGGCUCGCCUAGUGAUUCUGAGCUUUCAGCAGGAGAUGAGGGUUUCCUCAUUCUUCAGCAGAGCAUCAAGGGCACUCCAUGGCUACCCAGCCUCCUCUAAACUUCUCCUCCUCUGUGCACUCAGUGGGGGAGGUCUAGUGGCGUACUCGGAAUCAAAAUCAGACCUUAGCACACAUAGUGUUGGGCCUAAUCAAAAGGAAACCUAUAAGAAGAGGGUGGUGGUGCUUGGAACAGGGUGGGCUGCUACCAGUUUCCUGAAGGACCUGGAUAUUUCAUCAUAUGAUGUUCAGGUGGUUUCACCCCGGAAUUAUUUUGCAUUUACGCCUUUACUACCUAGUGUCACAUGUGGAACAGUUGAAGCACGAAGCAUUGUAGAGCCAAUUCGGAACAUCAUUAGAAAGAGAAAUGGAGAAAUUCAAUUUUGGGAAGCUGAAUGUGUCAAGAUCGAUGCGGCAAAUAAGAAGGUUCAGUGCCUAUCUAACAUUGACAACAACUUAGUGGGAAAUAAAGAAUUCCUUCUGGAAUAUGACUACUUGGUUAUAGCAAUUGGAGCACAAGUAAAUACUUUCAACACCCCUGGUGUGAUGGAAUACUGCCAUUUUCUGAAGGAAAUAGAGGAUGCUCAAAAGAUUCGGGGGAGCGUAAUGGAUUGUUUUGAAACAGCCGUCCUUCCAGGCCUAAGUGAAGAAGAAAGAAGGAAAAAUCUCAGUUUUGUAAUUGUUGGAGGGGGGCCCACUGGGGUGGAAUUUGCUGCAGAGCUGCAUGAUUUUAUCCAAGAAGAUUUAGUCAAGUUAUAUCCUUCGGUUAAAGAUCUAGUGAAAAUAACAGUUGUUCAAUCAGGGGAUCAUAUCUUGAACAUGUUUGAUGACAGAAUUAGCUCAUUUGCUGAACAGAAGUUUCAAAGAGAUGGUAUUGAAGUUCUGACAGGAUGUCGAGUUGUAAGUGUUUCUGACAAGGCAAUUACCAUGAAAGUUAAAUCAAAGGGAGAAGUUUCAUUAGUUCCUUAUGGUAUGGUUGUGUGGUCCACUGGUGUUAGCACUCGCCCGGUUUUGAAGGAUUUUAUGGAACAAAUUGGCCAGACUAAGAGGCGUGUUUUGGCAACUGAUGAAUGGUUGCGAGUAAAGGGAUGUGAUAAUGUAUAUGCACUUGGUGAUUGCGCAACUAUAGAUCAACGCAAAAUCAUGGAAGAUAUUUCAACCAUAUUUGCCGCUGCAGACAAAGACAAUUCUGGUACCUUAACUAUCAAUGAAUUUCAAGAUGUAAUAGAAGACGUCCUUGUAAGAUAUCCCCAAGUAGAUAUCUAUUUAAAAAGCAAGCAUCUGCGUGGUGUGAAAGAUCUGUUGAAAGAUACUGAGGGGAAUGAGAGAAUGGAAGUGGAUAUUGAAGGGUUUCAGUCAGUCCUUUCACUUGUGGAUUCUCAGAUGAAAAGUCUACCUGCGACUGCUCAGGUUGCUGCUCAACAAGGUACGUAUCUUUCUCGAUGCUUUAAUCGCAUGGAGACAUCUAAGGAUAAUCCAGAAGGUCCUCGACGUUUUAGAGGUUCUGGCCGUCAUCUCUUCCGUCCUUUUAGGUACAAACAUUUUGGGCAAUUUGCUCCUUUGGGAGGGGAACAGGCAGCUGCUGAAUUACCGGGAGACUGGGUUUCCGUGGGCCAAAGUACACAGUGGCUUUGGUAUUCUGUGUAUGCAAGCAAGCAAGUGAGCUGGCGCACCAGGAUCUUGGUAAUAUCUGACUGGACGAGGAGAUUCAUUUUUGGGAGGGAUUCCAGCCGUAUAUGAGGCAAGAACAAGGGAUGCUGUAAAUUAAUUUGAGGCACUCAGGCUUGCCACUUUUACGUUUGCAUCUUUUUUGUAUGAGUAUAUACUGUUUGAGUCUGAGGAUAGCUUGCCUUUGUUUUGCUGAUGCAUUUGAAAAUAGAUUUGCUAUUAUCCGAUUUAUGAGCAGGCGCAAAGGAUGAUGUUGCUCC